UCUAAUUGUAUGAAAUAAAAACUAUAAAUUAUAAAAUUAUAUUAUAGCAACUAUAUUAUAUUAUAAAUGUGUUUGUUAUGAUUAUUACCAUUACACAAACGGAGCACAAGUAAGUAAAAUAAAGAAAUUACGCUACGGGUAACUGAUCGUAACUUUUCCUGUAUACCGUCAAAAAAAUAUAAUGUCGGAACUAAAGAUAAGCGCAACUAAAUCGGAGGGGAAACAAUGUAACACAACUACCGCGCGUUGCCGUGUGUGUUACCACUUAGGCGGGAAAAUAUGGCGGAAGAAAAGUUGUUUCCUUCGAACAGCCGUGUUGGAUUAUAUUGGCUACAGAAGAAAAGGACCGGGAUGUCGUUGUGAAUCGCGGCUUGUCAGCAUUUAAAAUUGCGGCGAAAGGAGGAAAUACUGUACGUCCAACCUGCGUGACAACAACCCGACAUUGGUCGCCAACGUAAAGGUCUCUGCUCCACAUUCGCGGUGUGCCACGUGGACUCUGUGACUCCGCUGGAGGGGAUGCGUCCGUCCCAUGAGACCCAUCAUCUCAUAUUCUGUCAAGCCCGUGGUGGUGAAGGGUGGGACUUGUGUUUCCAUGCUGCUGCUGCUGCUGGUGAUGAUGAUGACAGAUGGUGAUGUUGCCUGUUCGGGCAGCAGACACUGCGUUUCAGUCUGUAGCUGACCUGCACCAGGCAGCUGCUGCUGCUGCCGCCGCUGCUUCACCGCUGCAGCAGUGUUUCCACCUCUGAGAUCCGGCUCCGGAGCAGAGAACAGUUCGGAGGCUGAGGGGCGUUUUUCGCACACGGGAUUUAGGAAAAAACAGAGAGUGAAACACCAGCUGCAUCCAUCGCGCAUCAUCUUCCUCGGAGCUGCGGGUCUGGAUCAGGAGCUCGGAGCCGUGCGUGCGCAAAGGACUGAUGCUCAUGGUGUUGACGUCAGGUGAAAAGGUGACGUUUGGACCAGAUGUUCUCCAGGGCGACCUUCUCCACAAAACUCUCCUUCAAUUAAUUAUCGCCCCUCAUUUAGGAGGUCAGAGCAGAAAACCAGCGGUGAGGGAGACUAAUGUGAUCCUGCCUUCUUCUUCUGCGUCUCCUGUGAUCACUGCCUCCCCUCCGAGCUGUCUGUGAGCAAAGAGACAAAACAAAAUGACGCUCCUCUCACAGCCUUGGCUGCCAUUCAUUUGGCUGUUCGUCGGAAUGCUCUGCGUCUCUACGUCCACCACCGCCGCCGUCAAAGAGUGUCCAAAUUUGUGCGUGUGCGAGAUCCGCCCGUGGUUCACGCCCCAGUCCACGUACAAGGAGGCAAUCACAGUGGACUGCAACGACCUGAGGCUCACGCACAUCCCCACCAACCUGUCGACCGACACCCAGGUGUUGCUGCUCCAGAGCAACGCCAUUUCACACACCAACGGGGAGCUGGAGGCCCUGUUUAAUUUGACCGAGUUGGACCUUUCUCAGAACAACUUCAGUACUGUGGAAGCAGUGGGCCUCAGAAGCAUGAACCACCUGACCACUCUGCAUCUGGAGGAGAACCAGAUCAGUCAGCUACCGGACAACUGCCUCGGGAACCUCUCUAACCUCCAGGAGCUCUACAUCAACCAUAACCAGAUCAAUACCAUCUCUGCCCGAGCGUUUGCGGGCCUGCACAGCCUGCUGCGUCUCCAUCUUAACUCCAAUAGGCUCCACGUCAUAAACAGUCUGUGGUUCGAAGAAACGCCUAACCUGGAGAUCCUGAUGAUCGGAGAGAACCCGGUCAUCGGCCUCCUGGAUAUGAAUUUUAAGCCUCUGGGAAGUUUGAGGAGCCUGGUUUUGGCCGGCAUGGAUCUCACCGAUGUACCGGCAAACGCCUUUGUGGGUUUGGACAACCUGGAGAGCAUUUCUUUUUACGAUAACAAAUUGGUCCAAAUCCCACAACUGGCUCUGCAAAAAGUCCCAAAUCUAAAGUUUUUGGAUUUAAACAAAAACCCAGUGCACAAAAUCCAGGAGGGUGACUUCAGGAACAUGCUGCAUCUGAAGGAGUUGGGCAUCAACAACAUGAUGGAGUUGGUAUCCAUCGACCGCUACGCCCUUGACAACCUACCAGAACUGACAAAGCUGGAAGCCACAAACAACCCCAAACUGUCCUACGUUCACAGGUUUGCCUUCAGAGACCUACCGUCCUUAGAGAGUCUGAUGCUGAACAACAACGCCCUCACUGCCCUUUACCAGCACACCGUGGAGGUGCUGCCCAACCUGCGUGAGAUCAGUUUGCACAGCAACCCCUUGCGCUGCGAUUGUGUCAUUCAGUGGAUGAGUUCUAACAGAACGACAGUUCGCUUCAUGGAGCCUCUCGCCAUGCUGUGCAGCUCCCCGACAGAGCUCCGAGGUCAUAGGGUCAGAGAGCUGAGGUUGAUGUCCUCGGAGCAGUGCCUCCCCCUCAUCUCCCAGGACACCUUCCCCAGCCACUUGAACCUGGAGCUGAGCAUGAGCGUCAGCCUCGACUGCAGGGCCAUGGGGGAGCCAGAGCCCGAGGUCUACUGGGUGACUCCUCUGGGGAACAAGAUCACAGUGGACGCCGUGUCGGACCGUUACCAUCUGAGCAGCGAGGGGACCCUGCGGGUGAGUCAUAUGCAGGUGGAGGACUCUGGCCGUUACACCUGCGUGGCCCACAACGCGGAAGGUGCCGACACACGCGUGGCCACCAUCCGUGUGAACGGCACGCUGCUGGACAACGCCCAGGUGAUGAAGAUCUUUGUCAAACAGACCGAGUCGCACUCCAUCCUGGUGUCCUGGAAAAUCAACUCCAACGUCAUGACCUCUAACCUCAAAUGGGCAUCGGCCACCAUGAAAAUCGACAACCCGCACAUCACGUACACAGCUCGCGUGCCGGUCGACGUUCACGAGUACAACCUCACACACCUCCAGCCCGCCACCGAAUACGAGGUUUGCCUCACAGUCUCCAACGUCCACUUACAAACGCACAAGUCUUGCGUCAACGUGACCACCCUGAGCGCCACGUUCGCCCUGGACCUGUCGGACCAGCAUCCCAGCGUGGCUGUGCUCUCUGUCAUGGCCACCAUGCUGGCGUUCAUCAGCCUGGCCACCGUUGGCAUCUACAUGGCUCGCAAGUGGAAGAGAAAAAACUACCACCACUCCCUGAAAAAAUACAUGCUGAAAACCUCCUCCAUCCCCCUCAAUGAACUUUACCCCCCCCUCAUCAACCUGUGGGAGGUGGAGGGCGAGAAGGAGAAGGAUGGUAGCACAGAGGGGAAACCCUCUCCCGUUGACACCACGCGUAGCUAUUAUAUGUGGUGAGGAUUUGGUAUGGAGGCCCAGCCGCCUCUCCUGCAGCACAAAAAGACACACUUUUGCCAUUUGGGUACAAAAGUUGAAUAACGUUUCAAAAUGUUUUUGUAUUAACAGCUUUGCUUCAGAGGCAGAGUGAUCAAGGACAGGAUUUUUAUUAGUAUAGCGUAUCGCCUUUGUUUGAUUCUUUCUAUCUUCUAAACAUUUUGGACUCUCCAAAAUGGCAGCUGUAUUUAGCUUCCAGGUUGUUUAGAUGCCAUGCUUUGUUGCUUGGUGCGUUUUUGCCUCACUUUUCUUUGGGUUAUAAUCUAGCUAGGGGGGGCUGCUGUCUUUUCGCAGCAUUAUUUAGUAGUAAUCGAUGUAUCUCGCUCUGUUUUGUAAAACAGGUAAUCCAUGGUGCGCCGAUAGACGACGGGAGUUUGUGGAAACUUCAAUAAAAAGCUGACAGAGGGAUCUAGACUCGUUAUACUGUCUACUGAAUGUUAGCAAUUGUGCAGUAUCGUUGUAUCAACUAUACAUUUGAACCUUCUGAUGCUAGUAUUUUAGGCACUUUUAGUUUGCUUCUGUACGUGAUGUUAAUGCUAGGAAUACAAAACUUUAUAUUUUCUUCAGUUUUUUUUUCUACUAUGGAGAACUAGAAAUGUUUUGACUUUUCCUGCUAAUUUUGCUUCUUUUUUUUGCUAAUCAGCAAAUUUAUUUUCUCAUUAAAUAGAAACACUAAAGUAAGUCCAAAUAAAUACUUUUUGGUUUUUUUUUUUCAA